GCAUCCGCGCAAGACAACUUCUCAAGGACCAGGAGAAUGAGGAGACCAACGAAGAAGCCACCGAAGCAGGUGCUCAACGUAAACCUUCCAACUACGGUCUCCAGAUCCAAGACUGGGAGAGAGAAGCUUUGGAGAAGCGAGAUGCUGAAGAGGCGGGCACGAGCAAGAAAGAUGAGUGAUACUCCUUGCACGAUGAUGUGAUAUGAAACAAGGAGGAACCUUUUGUGGAUAUACUGGGAUGAGAACAUCUCUUUUGACUAUAUACUACAGCCAAGGCGUUUUGCAUUUGGAGUAUCUUCACACGCUGAUCAAAAAGACGAUCCGAGCGAUACUGCAGGGGUUACUUCUUUCUUCUGGAUUGCCAUUUUCCAUUUUCCACUUCUGUCAAUCAUUUUCUUCAGACUAUUUACUCGAAUUCAGAUUAUUUCAUUUGUUCCAACCUUGUUUUUCUCAUGUUCUACUGCUUGCGUCCUUGGUGAUCUGUGGCAUCUGUAUCUUCCCUUUCUGCCUCUUUUGUUUCGAAAUGACUCUACAAGACGAGGACCUUGGGCAGGGUUACUCAACAUGCAGUUUCGAUGCAAUGACUACAAGGCACGUAGCAAGUAAGAAAUACAGCUCAGAGAUUGGAGGGUGCGAUACUUGAACUGCGUCUUUUUCCCGAUCAUCUAACAUCAAAAACCAGUUUUUGCUCCAGCGACCUCUAUAAAAUCUAGAUGAGGAAAAGGGCGGUUCUAGUGAUCGUGCCUUUUUCAACUUUAUCCGAACCGCUCCUUUCCCUGUGUGCACUUAGAGACGUUCUCUUGAGGAGAGAAGGAGCGAUUCGAUC